UCGGCGUAAAUAUACGAGGAAAUGUGGAGGCGUUGGGGAUUCAUCUGUCUAGCAAAUUUUCACAUGCAGGUCUCUUUGGUAGUUUCACACGCUCCUUUUUUAAAACAAUUGUUGCGAUGCUUCAGGUCUUUUUUGUAGCUCACCACUCAGCUUUCGCUUUGACCUGUCACCAACUUCUUUUGUCUCGUUCUCCUGUCGAGGCCCCAAAUGUCCACUGACUGUACCGGAGAGAAAAUGUCACCAGAUUUUUGACACUCUUCUCCCUUAGUUCAUGCUUGGAAUAUGACACUGCGUAUUUAUUUCAACCUCCGACAUUUUCAAACCAAAACAAUUAGCUUCGGACGUGACUCAUGGCGUCCUCAAAAGCAGAUACCGGAGUUAGCAAGGACACUAAUUGUUCCAAAGAAAAUGUCAGUAGCAGCGAAUCCUCGAGCGAAGACAAUCACCAGCGGUAUUCCCUUGAUGACCUAGUGAGCAUCGCCAUAGUAGGUACAGGAACUUUUGGUCGAGUAUAUCUGGUUAGGGACAAGAACAGCAGGACCUUCUAUGCUCUGAAACAGAUGAGGAUCCCUGAUGUGAUUCGCCUGAAGCAGGAGCAGCAUGUACACAACGAGAAGGCGGUUCUGAAAGAGGUCAACCACCCCUUCCUCAUACGACUGUUUUGGACACACCAUGACGAAUGCUUCCUUUAUAUGUUGAUGGACUACGUGCCUGGCGGUGAGCUCUUCAGCUAUCUUCGCAGCCGAGGCCGCUUCAGUAACGGCACUGGUCUGUUCUACGCCUCUGAGAUCGUCUGUGCUAUCGAGUACCUCCACUCCAAAGACAUAGUUUACCGUGACCUGAAGCCAGAAAACAUCCUGCUGGACAGGGAAGGGCACAUCCGCCUGACUGACUUUGGCUUUGCGAAGAAGCUUUCGGACAGAACCUGGACUCUAUGUGGCACUCCAGAGUAUCUUGCUCCAGAAGUUAUCCAGAGCAAAGGUCAUUGCCGUGCCGUGGACUGGUGGGCUCUUGGCAUUCUCAUCUUUGAAAUGUUGGCUGGGCAUCCACCUUUUUUUGAUGAUAAUCCAUUUGGAAUCUACCAGAAGAUUCUGGCUGGAAAACUGGAUUUCCCGCGUCAUCUGGAUUUUUACGUCAAAGACCUAAUCAAGAGGUUUCUGGUAAUUGACCGAGCCAGACGACUUGGCAACAUGAAGAAUGGCGCAGAUGACGUGAAAAAGCACCGAUGGUUCAAGGCCAUCGAUUGGGAGACUGUUCCACUGAAAAAAUUGAAGCCUCCAAUAGUUCCCAAAGUGUCCCAUGAAGGCGACACCACAAACUUUGAAGUUUACCCCAAUGAUGAAUGGAAAAAAGACCCUUCUGUUCCACCAAGAGACUUGGAGAUCUUCAAAAACUUCUGACAACUCCGACAGAAUGUUUAAUUAAUGGGAUGGCGGGAAAAAACAUUUACAACGAACAAGUCCUAUAAGCGUUAAGGGAAUACAGUGGACCCCUGCAUAUUUGCAGUUCGACAUUCGCAAAUUCACCUAGUUGCGGAUUUUUUUUAAUCUAUCCUCCAUUAGUUGUGAGGGGAAAAAACACUUUCACUCACAAUUUUCUGUAAUGUGGCAAAAUAAGUCUUUUUUUUUAAUUUUCAUGGCAAAAUACUGUCUACAGUAUGUAUGAUAAUUUGUGUAUUGUAGUAACGAACAGUUACUAGUUGUCCGCUCAACCAAGCUUCCGUGACAGCAGGCAGAAGGUGGAAGUUCCGCCCACAGAUAUAAAUAGGUAGAAACAACAUGCCCCUUUUGAUCUACGUGCCUACGUCAACGUUUAAGCUAGGUGGGUAAAAGCCAUCAGCAUAUUCUGUGUGUGUGGACGGCAAGAAAACCGAAAGAAAUAGGAUGCUGGCACAUUGUGCCGCAUGCGGUUGCAUACAAUGCCGUACACCUACAACAAGGGAACUGGGAAUAACCUUUCACACGUAAAAAUAUUUUUGGGAGCUUUUUUCCAAAUGUUAUAUAUUGAUAGCACACACUUUAACGUUGGCAAAAAAAAAGUAAACCUCAUGAAAAUAGGUUAAGAAAUCAGCAAGUUACGACUUAAUGUCAAUGUCCAUCCAUUGCCUUUGACAGGAAUGUCGACCUCCCUAACAUGGCCGCCACGUAGGAACCUCGGUCAGCCGGGUUGAUGCAGUGCGCGAUCAUAUCUAGUCCUCCUAUCUAUGGUUGCACCGACACACACGCUCACUCGCUCCGCUCCUGACCCGCUCAUCCAAUCGUAAAUAGGAUGAGCGGCUGAUAGAUAAGAUGGCAGCACCCAUGUCUACAGCUUUGUAGCAUUAUACUUUCGCAAAACUAAUAAACACAGCAUCAAAACCAAUGUAAUCUGGUAUAACAACUCAGUGGAACUUCACUAAACCUACUUACGACUGGUUUGCUGUGCAGUCAAAUAGUCAUUAUUUUACACCGGACUGCACUGCGACAAUAAUUCUUAUCAUCAUUAGAAUUGUUAGCAUGUAUGUACAGGUACUGUACAUAGUGUAUGUGUGUACUUAGCUGUAAGCUGUUUACUGUGUUUUUAAGGAUACAGCAAUGUUUGAAAAUGUUUGUAAGCGUUUGAAAUGCUAUUUAAGUGUUUUGGGAUCAUAGUUACUGGUAUAUUUGUGGUUUAAACUAUUAAUAUAGGCAAUUAUCAUUUUUGGGAGCAGUCAGUUAUUCACGGAAAUUCGCUUUUCGCGGACAUGUCCCCCGCAAACAGUGGGUGUCCACUGUAUUUAUGUUACUCAAAGUUGGCAUAGUUAUACCUCUUUAGCUCCUAAUGAGUCAUGCUGUAACUUCUGUCAUACCACAGAACCUGCUUUUUAUACACUCAUCCACUUCCCCAUUUUUUUAGUAUUAAUCUCUGAGCCUACACAUGAGCGGAAAAAAACAAGACUGUUACUUUCUACUUUUUAAAAUGUUUUAUAUUUCAUCGCAAUUGCAUAUUUCUUUUUGACCACUGAAUCCUGUGACUUUUUGGCCAGAAGCAAGUAUUAAGGGGAAACUACAUUUUUUUAUUAUUUUUUUUAUUGUUGACAAAAGGCAGCAAAAAAGGUGCCUUAUUUUUUUGCUACAGAUUUGUUAGUUUCACUUGAAAAAUUUCCUCAACUUCUCAUUGUUACGUAACUCAAAAUAAAAUAAAAUGAUAAACUUCCA